UAAGAUAGUGUCUAUAAGUAGCUAAGGUAAGAUAGAGUAAGAUAGUAUAGUUAAGUUACGAAUUCCUUUUAAAUCGCUAUUCUUGUUCUCCUCCUUCUUUUCCAUUGCCCAUUCAUAGUACACAACAAUGGCCAUACCCUCCAUCACCCCCUCCUCCCCCUCCCCCAAAUUCGCAAAAGUCGACCUCAUUCCUUGGGAUCCAGACUCUCCAUCCCAUGUCGAGAGAUUAUUCAAUCAACGAGUAGCCUGUACCUGGAACUCGGAAUAUGUAGAAUCAUGGCGAGAAAAACAGAGACGGGGCGCUAUUACUCUUCAAUGGAUCGUUUUACCAAUUACCACCGUCGCUCGCGAUGAUCUUCAUAAGCUCCACACAACGCAGUUCCCCUUGGAAUCAGAACCAUUAAUCGAUUCAGCAACAACAUUCAACGCACUCCCUCGUACCCCUCCCUCACCACCCCACUCCUUCCUCCCCAUCGGCCACAUAGCCCUCGAAGUCCAACCGUCCUCUCCCAUCUCCUCCUCUCCCUCCUCCACCUACAAAAUAUCUGGUCUCUACAUUUCCGGCGCCAUGCGCAGCUUAGGUCUAGGUCGCGCAACUAUGGAUACAAUCGAGACACUUGCCUCUUCGCCCCCGAUUUCUGCGAAAAAAUUAUUGCUAGAAGUUAUAGCGAAUGAAUAUCCGGGGAAGGAAGAACGGAAUGUGGCGCUGAAAAUAAAGAAGCAGCCGGUGGAGAGACAGGAUUGGUAUGCUAGGAGGGGUUAUAGGGUUGUGGGGAUGAAGGAUGGGAUGUGGCCUGAAAAGGAUGAGGAGGGGAGGGUGUGGACGGCUAGGUGUUUGUUUAUGGAGAGGGUUGUGGGGUAGAUGGGAGGGAAGUUAUUAUGUAUAGAGAGUUUUAAGAUAGGGGGUACGGACGAUACAGUUGAAAGAGAUGGGCAUACAACAGAAGACGAGCGAAGAUUGUCGCAAGAUGCGACACGCGACUCGCUAAAGCUUCCUGAAAUCUUCCAAAAAUAGUUUUGAAAACUUACAACCAAGUAUAUACCAGGACCUAAACCAAAACCUGAACCUGAAUCUACACCUUUCCUUCUGUUGCACAUCUGAAAUUCUGUCGUGGUGGAAGAUUAGUAGUCAGUAGGUACUUUGGUUUUAUUUUAUUGCGUAUCUCAUAAUUUCCCGCGACGGGGCAUAAACCAAAUUUGGUUUUUUCAUUCUACCUCGUCUGUCCCCCCGGUGGUAUUUCGCUGGUCCCCGAUGUUCCCGUGGCGGGACUCCUCGAUCACGCUAUAUUACAUGUCUGAAAUCUUCUAUCGUGGAAUUAGGUUGUGUUAUUUCUUGACCCUUUGUUGCAUAUCAAAGUCUUUCGCUGUGGAGCAUAGUUUGUUUUUUGGACUUUGGUUGCGCAUUCCCUCUAAUCCCAUGAUGGCAUCUCAGAACCUGUUGAUGUCCGGGAUUCGUGUCGCGAUGGAGGUCAAAUGUCUACUUGUUUUCCGCCGUGGUAUGUUAGAUCAUAACCAGAUCGGAUGCGAUCCGUCGUGGUGGGAAGUGGAUUGGGUUUGCACUUUUGUUGCAUAUCUGAUUCCAUCCAUUCCAUUUCAUAAUGGAAUAUUGACCUUUUGGGAUUUUUGUUGCAUAUCUGAUACUGUUCCAUGGUGGGACUAGAUAGUACUUCAACACAGACCUAGAUCUCGAAUAGACAGUUUGUUGCACAUCUGAAGAUUCUCCGCGACGGAAUAUGAGAUUCUCUUUCGAUCUUGAGAAUUUCGUCGUAUAUCAAUGUUGUCGUGUGGAACUGGUCCCUAGAUUUAGAUUUGUAUAACGUGUCAGAGAACUUCCAACAUCCCAUGGUGGAAUAUCAGGUUCUGACUUGACAGGAUUUUGUUGCACAUCUCGUCGUUUUCCAUGCUGGAAUUGGAAGUCAUGGAUAUUCACGUUAGACAUUGGGAAAUAAAAACAAUAUCUAGCUCUCGUUGUAUGUCUAAACUUGGACCAUGGCGGAACUCAUCAAAUCAAGACCAGUUCUUGAAUAUCGGGCGAUGGGUUGCACAUCUGAACCUCUCGUGCGGUGGGAUAUCAUGUUGGACUUCUAUUCCAUAUAUCAUCUUGUAAUCUUACUAUGAUGAGACGGAACACUGCCUGGAUCCGAUGGAUCAAGAUCGGAUAUUGAAGUUCUAGGGUGUAUCUGAUAGCUUGCUAUAGUGGAAUAUGGAAUGAACAUAUACGCUUUUGUUGCAUAUCUCAAUAUUGCCACGGUGGAACCGGAAACUACUUGAUUCUAAAUGUAUAUAUAUGGGGGGGGAUAACUCUAUAGAUUAUUUUUGGGUUUUCAUUGCACAUCUU